AUGGGUGUUCCGGUUUUCAAAAAAUUAAAAUUACCAACCGGACAAUCCGUUGUUGUGUGUUCCGUCGUUCGCAGAAGAGGAGGUUCGAUCGACAGAAUGCGCCGAGAAGAAAGACAACGUCGAGAGGUUGAUGACGAGGGACAUCGGAGAGCUGCACCGGAGGCUGGUCCACAGCAUCCUGGAUUUCCCGGAGGACCGAGUGAUACUUCUAUUUUGACUAGGUAUCAGGACCAUGUUUCCCGCCAUUUAUGGUUCCGCGAUGAGAGACGAUCGAAGACCAACCUUAAAGGUUCUGCACAUGGCAGCAAAUUAAUAGGAUGGAUUCCGCAUAUUCUUCCAAGAGCGAUGAGUGAUUGGUUAGUUGCCUCUGGUCUGUCAUCUCUGCAGCAUACUAGUUUGGCUAGAGUAGAUACGCAUCUUUUAUCAACUUUUGUUGAGAGAUGA